AUGCCAUUCCAGUGUGUUGCAUGUGACAAAAAGUUUAAACGUCUAAUUUUGCUAAAACGUCAUGAAAAGAUAGUACAUUCUGAUUUACCACAGCAAGCGUGCACCAAAUGCCCAGCAACUUUCUUAAGUGUAGAGGAACUAGAAGCUCACCAACAAAAGCAUACCUAUGAGCCUAGAAAACGUUUUGGAUGUGCAUGUGGCAAAAAGUAUAGUGAUAAGGCAGCUCUUGAAAGGCAUAAGACAUUUGUGCGCUGCAGCAAUCCGGAUUUUUCCUGCGAAUACUGUCCUCAGCAAUUUACAUCGCUUACUAAACUGGCACGACACGUUCGUUCGCAUGCAGGCGAAAGACCUUAUCCCUGCAAACAUUGUGACAAGAGCUUCACGAAGUCUCACCAUUACACAAGACAUAUCCGUGUGAAACAUCGUGAGAACAUCCGUACCGCUCGCGGACCCUUCGGCCAAGGAGAGCAGUACCGUUGUAAGCAGUGCGAGGACACCUUCUCUACUCAGGACGAAUUAAUUUACCACUCUGCGAUACACGCCACUCAGAACCUCACCUGUCCUCUUUGCCAGGAGAAGUUUGAGAAUCUUGAUGCUGUUACUGCUCAUAUUAAAUCUCAUGCCAAUGGGGUAGAAUUCACGUGCGAUUUCUGCGAGCUAGUUUUCACUACAAAGGAAAAAUUGGAAAUUCAUAUUAUACAGGCGCACGAAGACGAAUUUAACAAUGAUAUGGGACCGGAUGAAUCUUCCAUGGAAAUGGACGCAGAAGACGAUGACGAUAAUAGCAUAAAUGUUAAAGAUGAAGGGGAUCACAUGGUUAUAGAAAUUAAAAAAGCGGAUGAUUACAUGUUACACAAUACUCAAGAGGAAUCUGAAGAAAAAUGCGAUAUCACAAACUCUGAAGACAGUGAAACAGAGACGACUUACACAGAAUUGUCGACAGUCGACACAUUAGCGAUAAUCAAAAAGGAUUUACCAACCAAAACAUCAACAGAAAGCCCACAAACAAAUGUCACAAUGGCUACGGUCACUAGUAUCAAGCCUGCUGCUGCUGUGGAUAAAAAUGAUCAGGCCGCUAGUGACACACAAACAGCCAGUAUCUUAAGGAAAGCUGAGGAAGUAAAACGCAAAUCAAUUCAAAAAGUGAAUGAAGAUAUAGAGAAAAAAGAAAAAAUAAGCGUCAAACCCGAAAGCAACAACAGUGUUGGCGCCAGCAAUAAAUCAUUACAAUUGUUAGAAAAGGAAUUGCAGGAACUGAAACGGACGAAUAAUACAAGAUUUGAACUUAAAGCAAUGGAACCGAUGAGAAAUAAACGCCCGCAAGUGCAUACAUCAACUCCUAAAGCAAAACCUAUUGAAGAAAAGAAAACUAUAAUAACCACGAAAACGCCCGUGAUCGAGAAAAAAGUACUAGAGCGCCGCGUGGUAACCAAAGAAAAUAAAGAACCGAAAGAAAUCAAGGAGAUAAAAGUUGUUAACGCCAACACCAAAGAAGAGAAAGAAAUCAAAGAAAAGGACACAACAGUCACACCAAAGAGUGUUAUUAAAAAUGGAAAUGCCGAUAAAAGUCAAACAGAUGAAGGGAUACGUCGUUCAACGCGACCAUCCAAAAUCAAAGAUUACGCGAAAAUGAUCCGCGACAGAUCUCAUCCCGACGAAGAUGACUCAGAUGACACUGAUGACGAAGAGUACAGAGCUGACAAGCCACUAGAGAGACCAAAAGGGCGUAAAAGUGCUGUGAAGGUGCAGCCUAAAAUGAUACAAACGACACUCACAGCUACAGCACAGUCCAAAGUAGCACAAACGCCUGAAGUGGCGCCCACUCCGCCAAGAAAACGUGGCCGACCACGGAAAGAACCGCCAAAAGAAGUACCUUCAAAAAUAAAGAAGGACGCCACCAAUGAAACAACUGAAGUAAAUAAUCAGUCAAAUGCAACAGAAUUGGACGAAUCAAGUAAAACUAAGGAAUUAUCUACGUAUGAAAAAACGGAUGUAAACAACAAAGGCAGCAACUGCAUGGAAAAUUCGUCUGAGGGUACAAAAGCAAAUCCGGAACAAGCACAAACUGCAGGUGGAUUGCUAGUCGCACCUUCUGGACAAACCUUGAAAAAGGUGCCAAUAAAAGCGUUACCACCGGGUGUGAAACCAUUACCUCUACCCGCAUCUGCUAGACCAAUGUCUACCGGCGAAUUGUGCGAAAUGCAGAUAGGAAAGAAAAUGGUUAAGGUACAGAAAAUAGUUAUGACCAAAGCUGAAGUAGAAGAAAUGGCUAAGAAAGGGCUUCUAGAAAUGAAGGAUGGUACCAUGGUUCUGAAGCAAGGCAUAAAAUUACCAACAGCUGAUACCGUAUCAAUAAAAUCUUCGCUAGUCACUGAAGGAGGUGCAGUCAAGGAAUCUCCGACCAAAAAGGAUAAGGCUGCCCCAAGUAGAUGCGAACUUGAUGACGAUUCAUAA